CGAGUGGCUCUCGCGAGAUUCUCGCGCGGCUCGCGCCGGUGGCCAGCAUGGCGGACUCGCAGUUGCUGCUCAAGCGGGGUUCUUUCCGCUCCACGUGGCUGCGUGCCCGCAAGAGUCGGACACAGCUAAUCCUCAGCCGUCGGCCCCGCCGCCGGCUCGGGACCCUGCGGUGGUGCGGCCGGAGGCGCCUGCGGCGGCGGCUGCUGCAGGCCCAGGCAGCCGGCGCGGACUGGCGGGAGAGCAGCUGCCUGGUGGCCGCGGCGACCCGGAGGCCCAAGACCGCGACCCCCAGCCCGGCUCCGGCCGCAGCCCCCGCCCCGAGUGGCCCCGCGAGCCUGCCCAUCCCACCGGUGCGGCCUGCUGGCCCGGGCCGCGCGUUGGUGCUGCUGCCGCUCGAGCAGGGUUUUACUUUUAGCGGGAUCUGUCGUGUGAGUUGCCUCUAUGGCCAGGUGCAAGUGUUUGGUUUUACCAUCAGCCAAGGCCAGCCUGCCCAAGAUGUCUUCUCUACCUAUACCCACUCACGCUUGACUAUCAAUGCAGUUCAUUAUUCCAUUACUGAGAAAAGCAAGAAGGAGAUGAAAAGGGAAGCCCGAGCUUUGCUCAGAUCUCAUCUAAAUCGGGAUGACAGAUGUUGGUUGAUGAAGAAUUUCUCUCCUCUGUGUUCCAUCGUGAUGCUAGAACAACUGAAAACCUCCACUGUGAACUUCUUAGUCAGCCAUCCAGGUUUAUCUUACGUUUUCGUACAAGAGAGUCCAACCUUCCAGAUUAACUCUGAACAUUUAGCCCUGAGGUCUGUUGGCAUUAGAAGAGAGAAGAAGAAAAAUGGCCUUCGUUUGACAGAGAGUGCCCUGUCGGCCAUGGAGGAGUUGGUCACCGUGUCCUGUGAAGAAGUAGACGGCUGCCCUGUCAUUCUGGUUUGUGGCUCUCAGGACGUUGGAAAGUCAACAUUUAAUAGAUACCUGAUUAACCAGUUGUUAAAUAGUAUUUCCUGCGUUGACUAUUUGGAAUGUGAUCUGGGACAGACAGAAUUUACGCCUCCAGGUUGCAUUUCUUUACUUAAUAUUACAGAACCAGUUCUAGGUACGUAUUAUGCAUUUAUUUCAUGUCUUGGUUUUAUAAAACUUAAAUAUAAUGAUCUGCCUAGUCAACUUGUGAAAAUUAAAAGUAGCCUUUCCAGUAUAAUCAAUAGAGGGAGGUGCAAAUUUAUUUUCCAGGUUCCUUUCAAUGCGGUUGCACUCCGGAUUAUUCAUGCUGAUGUCGCCCCUACCCAUAUAUUGUACGCUGUGAAUGCCAGCUGGGUUGGUCUUUGCAAGAUCCUGGAUGAUGUCAGAGGAUACGCUAAUGGGCCCAUCCUACUCGCCCAGACUCCAAUCUGCGAUUGUUUGGGGUUUGGAAUUUGUAGAGGGAUCGACAUGGAGAAGAGGCUUUACCACAUCCUCACUCCUGUGCCCCCGGAGGAGCUAAGGAAUGUGAAUUGUCUGCUGGUUGGAGCCAUUUCCAUUCCACAGUGUGUCUUCAAGAGCCAGCGCGGGCUCGAAGGGACAAUACCUUACAUCACCACAGAUUAUAAUUUUAAACUUCCUGGAGCAUCAGAGAAAAUUGGAGCGAGGGAAACCAAGGAGACGCGUGAAGAGAAAGUACACCCGAAACCCAAACUCUAUCGAAAAAUAAACUGAUACGUCAUCAGUAAGGGAAGGAGCUUUUACCAGAAAACUGGACUUGGUCUCCAGCCUGACGUCAGGCUGAUGGUGAUGGCGGGGAAUGGUGCACUUACGUCGCGGAUAGUGUUUCCUAUGUAACUCUUGGAUCUAGAGUCAAUUUAACUCUUUUGAAAGCUGCGUGACCAAGAGUUUUGCCCUGGUGUUCUGUGUGCUGCUUCAUACUUGUCUGUUUUAUUUUCUGAAGGGUUAAAGCAGCAGGGAGAAGUUUGUACACCGUUAAAACGGAGGGAACACAGUUGAUUCCUCACAAAGCUUUUCAAAUACCUGGUGGAAUCUGAAUAAAAAUAGGGAAACUGGGGCCACAGAAAUCUACCAAAGAGGAAGGAAGGCCGGCCAGCGGGGUCGCGAGCAUAACAGGAUGUGGGGGCUCCCCUGGUCCUUGCCCAGCGAUGGCAGGUGGGCAGGAGGUCCCAAGCGGCAGGGUCUGCCUGGGGACCGUCACCGUGGGGGUCAUGCUCAUCCCCUGCUCAUCUGAUGCCGUCCAUACACUCUUUAUUCCCGUGGUCCAGUGUUCAAAGAUCACGUUUGGUCUGUUCAGUGUAAUCAAGGUUUAAUAGAUAAAAUGUUUGGACUUAAGAGCCA